AUGCUUGGCGAUGGAGGUGAAACCCCUUCAAGAUAUGAAUUGUUGAGCAUGGUGAAGAAGCACUCAAAUUUAAUUGGGAGAACUGUUGUUGAAGAUCAAGAAGAUGCUCCUGAUGUUGAAAUGGAUAUGAAGUUUUGGAAUGAUGUUUUUGAUCUCUAUUUUGUUCGUGGUAAAGAGUCUAGGGGACGCCAAGAUGAUGAUCUCGUUUCUCGAGGGUCUGCUUCCAAUAACGAUGCAAAAGUGUUGAUCCUUAUUUUGUACGCAGGUGGGCACCUAAGAACUAGAAGCCUUCCAAUUUCAGACAUGCAAUCAGGAAAAGAUAAUGCAGGGACAUUAUGGUCGAAUCAGUUCAAGAGAAAAUCAGUGACUGAAAAUUCAAGUGCUGAGUUAUAG